CUCCGCGGCGGCCCCAGAUCCAGGCCCCAGAUCCAGGCCGGGCCGCGGCUCUCGCCGCCCAGCCCAGCCCAGCCCGGCCUGGCCCGGCCCUGCCGCGGAGGCGAGGCCGCCAGUGUCCCGCGCCCCUGAUACCUGCAGUGAGCCUGAUAUCUGCCUCUGCUCCUCUGAGCCUGUUCCUUUUCCCUGAGUACAGGGCACAAAGCUUGCGCCCUGAGAAGCGGCAGGCGCGCUCCCCGGCCCGGUCCCUGCCCGGCCCCGGGCCCCCCGCCCCUCCCCGCCCCGGGGCCGGGGCCCCUGCAGCCGCCGCCUUCCGACCCCUGCGCCCCAGCCCCGGUUCCCCGGGCCAUGCAGCCUCGGCCCCGCGGGCGCCCGCCGCGCAUCGGAGGAGAUGAGGCUCCGCAAUGGCACCUUCCUGACGCUGCUGCUCUUCUGCCUGUGCGCCUUCCUCUCGCUGUCCUGGUACGCGGCACUCAGCGGCCAGAAAGGCGACGUUGUGGACGUUUACCAGCGGGAGUUCCUGGCGCUGCGCGAUCGGUUGCACGCAGCUGAGCAGGAGAGCCUCAAGCGCUCCAAGGAGCUCAACUUGGUGCUGGACGAGAUCAAGAGGGCCGUGUCGGAAAGGCAGGCGCUGCGAGACGGAGACGGCAAUCGCACCUGGGGCCGCCUAACAGAGGACCCCCGAUUGAAGCCGUGGAACGGCUCACACCGGCACGUGCUGCACCUGCCCACCGUCUUCCACCACCUGCCACACCUGCUGGCCAAGGAGAGCAGUCUGCAGCCCGCGGUGCGCGUGGGCCAGGGCCGCACGGGAGUGUCGGUGGUGAUGGGCAUCCCGAGCGUGCGGCGCGAGGUGCACUCGUACCUGACUGACACUCUGCACUCGCUCAUCUCCGAGCUGAGCCCGCAGGAGAAGGAGGACUCGGUCAUCGUGGUGCUGAUCGCUGAGACCGACUCACAGUACACUUCGGCAGUGACAGAGAACAUCAAGGCCUUGUUCCCCACGGAGAUCCAUUCUGGGCUCCUGGAGGUCAUCUCACCCUCCCCCCACUUCUACCCUGACUUCUCCCGCCUCCGAGAGUCCUUUGGGGACCCCAAGGAGAGAGUCAGGUGGAGGACCAAACAGAACCUCGAUUACUGCUUCCUCAUGAUGUACGCGCAGUCCAAAGGCAUCUACUACGUGCAGCUGGAGGAUGACAUCGUGGCCAAGCCCAACUACCUGAGCACCAUGAAGAACUUCGCGCUGCAGCAGCCUUCAGAGGACUGGAUGAUCCUGGAGUUCUCCCAGCUGGGCUUCAUCGGCAAGAUGUUCAAGUCGCUGGACCUGAGCCUGAUUGUAGAGUUCAUCCUCAUGUUCUACCGGGACAAGCCCAUUGACUGGCUCUUGGACCAUAUUCUGUGGGUGAAGGUCUGCAACCCCGAGAAGGAUGCGAAGCACUGUGACCGGCAGAAGGCCAACCUGCGGAUCCGCUUCAAGCCGUCCCUCUUCCAGCAUGUGGGCACUCACUCCUCGCUGGCUGGCAAGAUCCAGAAGCUGAAGGACAAGGACUUUGGAAAGCAGGCGCUGCGGAAGGAGCAUGUGAACCCGCCAGCAGAGGUGAGCACGAGCCUGAAGACGUACCAGCACUUCACCCUGGAGAAAGCCUACCUGCGCGAGGACUUCUUCUGGGCCUUCACCCCUGCCGCGGGGGACUUCAUCCGCUUCCGCUUCUUCCAGCCCCUGAGACUGGAGCGGUUUUUCUUCCGCAGUGGGAACAUCGAGCACCCGGAGGACAAGCUCUUCAACACGUCUGUGGAGGUGCUGCCCUUCGACAACCCUCAGUCGGACAAGGAGGCCCUGCAGGAGGGCCGCACCGCCACCCUCCAGUACCCUCGGAGCCCUGACGGCUACCUCCAGAUUGGCUCCUUCUACAAGGGAGUGGCAGAGGGAGAGGUGGACCCAGCCUUCGGCCCUCUGGAAGCGCUGCGCCUCUCGAUCCAGACGGACUCCCCUGUGUGGGUGAUUCUGAGCGAGAUCUUCCUGAAAAAGGCCGACUAAGCUGCGGGCUUCUCCCUGUGGCCAGCCCUGAAGCCCACGUUUCUGGGGAUGUCGUCACUGCCGUCCCCGGAGGGCCAGAUACGGCCCCGCCCGAAGGGUUCUGCCUGGCGCCGGGCUUGGGCCAGCCUGGGGUCCGCCGCUGGCCCGGAGGCCCUAGGAGCUGGUGCUGCCCCCGCCCGCCGGGCCGCGGAGGAGGCAGGCGGCCCCCACACUGUGCCUGAGGCCCGGAACCGUUCGCACCCGGCCUGCCCCAGUCAGGCCGUUUUAGAAGAGCUUUUUCUUGGGCGCCCGCUGUCUCUGGCGCGAACACUGGAAUGCAUAUACUACUUUAUGUGCUGUGUUUUUUAUUCUUGGAUACAUUUGAUUUUUUCACGUAAGUCCACAUAUACUUCUAUAAGAGCGUGACUUGUAAUAAAGGGUUAAUGAAG